AAUGAGGUCUAUUUCUGUAAAUCCCGAACCUACCAAUCGACGAUCCCAUUACCACCGCAGAUGUCGCGCGCUACUGCCGUCGCCGUGGGAGGAUCCUUCUCGACCACUGCCCGGCGUCGUAGGGAGCUGGCGGUGCCUGUGAGGUGUUCGCUCUCCGCCGCUGGCCUGGCGGCGGUCGCGCCGAUCCUGAGGGACCUAAAGAUGAAGUGCGACACUCCGCUACCGGUUCUCCGGCACGUUGCCAACUCCAUGUCCGCUGACAUGAGAGCCGGCCUCGCCACAAAUGGUGGAAGUGAUCUCAAGAUGAUCCUUAGUUAUGUUGAUUCGCUUCCUACAGGGAAUGAACUGGGGCUCUUUUACGCGCUAGAUCUUGGAGGCACCAAUUUCCGAGUGCUGAGGGUGCAGUUGGGAGGUAAAGAGGAGCGUAUCAUCGACACGGAGUUCGAGCAGGUUUCCAUUCCUCAGGAACUUAUGUACGGCACUACAGAGGAAUUGUUUGAUUUUAUUGUCUCUGGGUUAGCGAGGUUUGUUGAGAAAGAAAGCACGAAGUUUCAUCUUGCCGAGGGAAGUAAGAGGGAGAUCGGUUUCACGUUCUCUUUUCCAGUGAAACAGACAUCUAUUGAUUCUGGCAUUUUGAUCAAGUGGACCAAGGGUUUUGCAGUUUCCGGGACGGCAGGAAGAGAUGUUGUUGUAUGCUUGAAUGAAGCAUUGGUGAGACAAGGAUUAGAUAUAAGAGUUUCUGCUUUGGUUAAUGAUGCUGUCAGUACCUUAGCUGGGGCACACUAUUGGGAUGAAGAUGUCAAGGUUGCGGUCAUCUUGGGUACCGGUACCAAUGCAUGCUAUGUCGAAAGUAUAGAAGCCAUACCAAAAUUGCAGGGAUCAGCAUAUGGAUCUGGAAAAACAAUUAUCAACAUUGAAUGGGGGGCUUUCUCAACUGGCCUUCCUUUGACUGAGUUUGAUAGAGAGAUGGACAGUGAGAGCAUUAACCCUGGAGAACAGUUAUUUGAAAAAACAAUAUCAGGAAUGUAUUUGGGUGAAAUUGUGAGAAGAGUGUUGAAAAAGAUGGCCAAAGCUUCCACUUUGUUUGGUGAUUCCUUCCCUGAGAAGCUUUCUGUUCCAUUUUCACUAAGCACUCCUCAUCUUUGCACAAUGCAGCAAGAUGAUUCUGGAGAUCUCGACAAGGUUGGGCUUAUUUUGAGUGAUACACUUGGCGUCAAAAACUCCUCUUUAGGAGCAAGGAAAACUGUCCAAGACAUUUGUGACACUAUAGUUAAAAGAGGCAGUCGACUUGCCGGUGCAGGGAUUGUAGGUAUUCUGCAGAAGGUAGAGCAGGACUCCAUAGGACAAAUCUUCCAAAAAAGAACUGUCGUGGCAAUGGAUGGUGGCCUCUAUGAACAUUACCCUCAAUAUAGACACUAUCUCAAAGAGGCUGUCGCCGAGCUACUUGGGGUGGAGGUCUUCAAAAAUGUCUUCAUAGAACACACAAAAGAUGGUUCAGGCAUUGGAGCUGCUCUGUUAGCAGCAGCAAAUUCUAAGUAUUUUGCUUGACAACAUCACAACUUGUGAUGCAAACAAAGCCUAGUGAUUGAUUCUUCUUGUGCAA